CAGUAGAGCUUUCACUGUAUAUAUAUUAUAUAUUUAUAUACAAAAUAUAUUCAUUUAAAACCAAAGAGAAUGUCAUGUAUGCAUAUAAUCCCCUGUAGCGAAAGCUCAAACACUUUUUUACUAAUAAACUGAUAGCAAGCAGAAAAGUUGUUCAUUAUGUAAAACUGUGAUAAGGUGAAGUGCACGAUCUGGGGCCAUAAACUGGAGCUAUUAUCCAAGGCUAUAUAUAAGGCGGAUGUUAAGUCGACUCCAUAGUUAAGCAAACAAAUGAGACAGCCUUUCUACACACUCUACCUGCUGCUGCUGCUGCUUCUGCUGUGCCCGUGCCUUAUCCACAGCCAGGGCCAUUUGCGGAUUAUCAAUGGUUCGGCUGCGAGGCCCAAGCAACUGCCCUACCAGGUUGCGCUGCAUGUCUACUUCAGCAACUCCGGGGAUGAGCCCAGUUUGUGUGGCGGCACGAUUCUAACGAAGCGUUGGAUACUAUCCGCAGCGCAUUGCCUCCAGGAGCCGGACACAAAUUUGCUCAAAGUGAUUGUCACCGCGGGCGCCCUGAACAAGGCAAAGAAAAACGAGCCCGGCCACAUGGAGCUGUUGGUCAGAAAGAAGGACACAAUUGUGCAUCCCCUGUACGAUCGACACACGGUGGCCAAUGAUAUUGCACUCAUUCGUCUGCCCAAGGAUCUGAAACUAGGCGCCUAUGCGCAGCCCGCCAAGCUGCCCAAGGGCAAGAACAGAUUCAACCUGAACGGUCGCUCGGCCAUUAGCUCCGGCUGGGGCCUGACGGCCAAGCAGCGACCCACCGACAUAUUGCAAUAUUUGAAUGUAAAAAUCAUCCCAAAUAAGCUGUGCGAGCGUCUGUGGAACAAACAGCUGAAUGGCGAACGCAAGCUCAUAUUGGACUCUUUUUUGUGCAUCGAUUCCAAGGGCGGACUGCCCUGUCGCGGCGACUCUGGAGGCCCUCUGGUGCUGGACGAUGGCACCCAAACUGUCGUUGGCGUCGUCUCACACGGUUACGAUGAGAAGUGCCAGCUCCGAUUGCCGGAUAUAUUUACACGCGUCUCCUCGUUCAUCGAUUGGAUUGAGAAGCACACGGGUCGCCUGAGCAAGGCAUAGCUUUAACUAGAUUAAAAUUGUCCACUUAUUGGAGUUGCAACUUU